AUGCCCGAACCAGCGAAGGCCGCGCCCAAAAAGGGCUCCAAGAAAACCGUCCCCAAGACCGCCGGCAAAGGAGGCAAGAAGCGCAGAAAGUCCAGGAAGGAGAGCUACGCUAUCUACGUGUACAAGGUCCUGAAACAGGUCCACCCUGAUACCGGGAUCUCCUCCAAGGCUAUGGGCAUCAUGAACUCCUUCGUCAACGACAUUUUCGAGCGUAUCGCUGGUGAGUCCUCUCGUCUGGCUCACUACAACAAGCGCUCCACCAUUACCUCCAGGGAGAUCCAGACCGCCGUGCGCCUGCUGCUUCCCGGUGAGCUGGCCAAGCACGCCGUGUCCGAGGGUACCAAGGCCGUCACCAAGUACACCAGCUCCAAGUAAAGCGCCUUAGUCGCUCUGGCAAACCAACGGCUCUUUUAAGAGCCACCCAUCUUAUCAAUUCCUUGGAAGCAGACUUGUCGUCCUGGCGUAUAUCCUCAGUUCCUUCCUUAGAGAUAAGUGAGAUUUUAGUUGACUC